UCCCGUCCCGUCCCUUCCCCUCCCUCCCCGCCCGGCUCCGCCCGCAGGUAGCGGCCGCCUCCGCCGCCGGGGGGGGGGGGGGGGCCGGGAGGAUGAAGGUGAAGGUGAUCUCGGUGCUGGAGGACAACUACAUGUACCUGGUCAUCGAGGAGCGCACCCGCGACGCCGUGGCCGUGGACGCCGCCGUGCCCAAAAGGCUGCUGGAGAUCGUCAGGAGGGAGGACGUGGUGCUGCGAGCCGUCCUCACCACCCACCACCACUGGGACCACGCGCGGGGCAAUGAGGAGCUGGCGAGGCUGUGCCCCGGGCUGCGGGUGUACGGCGCCGAUGAGCGGAUCGGGGCCCUGACGCGCAAGGUGGCCCCCAACGAGGAGCUGACGUUCGGGGCCAUCCACGUGAGGUGCCUCUUCACCCCCUGCCACACCUCGGGCCACAUGUGCUACUUCAUGUGGGAGGACGGCUCCCCGGAUGCACCAGCUCUCUUCUCAGGUGACACCCUGUUCGUGGGAGGCUGCGGGAAGUUCUUCGAGGGGACGGCGGAGCAGAUGUACACCAACCUCACCCAAGUGCUGGGGGCGUUGCCGAAGGAGACGAAGGUGUUCUGCGGCCACGAGUGCACCGUCCGAAACCUCAAGUUCGCCUUAAAAGUGGAACCGGAGAACGAAGUAGUGAAGAAGAAACUUGCGUGGGCCAAACAGCGGGAUGACGAGGACUUGCCCACGGUGCCCUCCACGCUGCAGGAGGAGUUCCUCUACAACCCCUUCCUGCGGGUCACGGAGGAGGCCGUGCAGAAAUUCACGGGCAAGACGGAGCCGGUGGAGGUGCUGAGGGCUCUCCGCACCGAGAAGGAUAACUUCAAGAAGCCCAAGGAGCGGCCCCAUCCCCAGGCCGUGCUGGCCUUCGACUGGGGACUUUUCAGCCCCUUCCUGGAGAAGAAGUGAGCCGCGGUGGCAGCAGGCGGCUCCCCGGUGCGGCCGUGGGCACGGCCACCAAAACGCAGCGUCCUGGUGGUGGCAGGGGCCUCGCCGCUGGGAAGGGGCUCCUGUCCCGAACCUGCUCGUUUGCAGCCCAAUCUGCUGUCGCUCCCUCCAGCGCUGAGCCCGGCUCCUGCUGCCCUCGGGAGCUUUGGAAGCGUGUGGCUGCCUCCAGCGAGCAGCCACGCCGGUCAGCCCUGCGCCGCCGGGACGUGGGUGCUGCUGCAGAGGGUGAGGAGGCGUUUGGGGGAGCGGGGAGACCGGCAGCACCCGGCGGGCUCCAGACCCUUCUGCCUCCUCCAACUGCCUCGUGCUGCUCCGCUUGGGCAUCCCCGUGCCCUGAUCAGGCUCGGGGCAGGGACGGGUGCGAGGCCCUGGGGACGCGCAGGAGGAGCUGCCGCAGGGCUGGCCCAGGGCUCCCAGCAGCCAGGGGACGGGCGUCGAGCUGGAGGUCAGCAGCAGCCACUGGACUUCAGAGCUGGGCUGACAGAAACCCUGCCUGCGUUGUGGUUUGUGUAUUUUUCUUCUGUUUUUACUUUCUGGUUUUUGUAGGCAGUGUAGGAGAUCAUUUAGGGGUUUCUAAGGCAAUUGCUGACUUACCGGAGCCAUCCAAAUUGCUUAAACCUUGCAGGAUACAUUCAGGUGGAGCUCAGGCAUGGAGGAGAGCAUGCUCUAAACCACUCUUUUUACAGUGCUUCUCAGGGUAGAAGAGCUUUUAGGCAGCAAGCAACAACAUGCUGCUAUGGAUCCAUUACAUUUUUUUUUUUUUUUUUUCCCCAAGAUAGAAUACUGGAAAAAUACUGGGUGAAACUUACGUGUACCUCGCCUUUCCUCUAGAAUAAGAGUGAGGGAGCAGCUGGGUCUCCUAUGCCUCGUUUGCAGCCCGCAUUGUUCAGUUUGUGCAAAAUCAGUACUGUAUUGCAUUUUAUUUUAUUUUUUAAGUCUGAGAAAUGUGUAGAGCUUUUAUUUUGCAGGUGGUGGUGAGUUGUAUUACAAAACUGAGUAACGUAGUUUUGUAGGGAAAAAUAGAGCUUGGAGGUAGCUCUGUAAAUAGCUGUGAAAAUCCCUCCGAUGGGUCUGGUUCGGGGCAGGUUGCUCCGUGUUGGGCAGUCACGCAAAUCUCUUUUUUUCUUUACUUCAGUUGUGCAAUGUGCGUGUGGCUAGUUGUCUCGGUGUUGCUCAGUUUACCCCUAGUUCAUGCAGAUUAAAUGAGAACAGAGAGGAGCAGAGGAGUUGGCCCCACAGCCCCAUACCACAGGGGGUGUCCUUUUAAACAGCACUGAUUACAAACUUUAUAGCUCCUAACACUGGAAUAGAGUUGACUUCAGGAGCUGUCGUGUGUGGACUGUGAAUUGCAUCUGUUAGCACUGAAGCCUGAUUUACGGCCUUUUUUUUCCCCUUGCUAGAAACUUGACUAAGGUUUUCUUUUUUGCCCUUUUUUUUUUGUUAUAUUGUUAGAAUUUACUCUUCUGCACAGGAAGGGAAGAGUCAGUCCUGCUGCACAAGUUGCCUCGGUACUUAUUGCCUCCCAGUUACUCAGUUCAGAUGCAACGGUACAGUUUGUAGGUGAUGCCCUGACAGGCAUCUGUUACCUGGAGAGUGCCUGUGGAAUAUUAUUUAUACUGUGAGCGAAGACGCACUUGGGUGCAUGUGGGAGGGUUCCUGAACUACCACGGGGCUUGCUCGUGUUGACAGCAGCAUGCAGCCCAAAGGCUGGGUGAAGCUGGAGCUGUUCUUGAGACCAUGGCAAGAGCAGACACCUGGGAGAGUUUGUGGGAGCUGUGCUCUGGGUACGUUCUGGGUGGAGAGUCCUCUGACAGCUUUAGUAAGGUGCAUGUUGGUAACCUGCUAACUGGAGGUGACAAAAUGCAAAUCCUCAGUCGUUUCAUCUACAGCUAAUUCAGCUUUACUUGUGCACUGCUGGCUGGAUGUGCAUGUCCUCAACAGAAACAGAAUGUGUUUCUUUUGCACUGAUGUACGCAGUUUAUGGUCUCAGCACUUCAGCAUGUUGGACUUAGUUUGCAUUAGCACUGGUAUCUCUUCCUGUAGAUAAAAAUGUUAUGAUUUAGCCUAACACUGUGUUACAGAACUAUGCCUGGAGAAGGGCAUUCACUGCAACUACCAACUUGCUCGUGUAUGACUAGGGAAGGGAGGGGGAAACGGGGGGAGAUUUUUGCCUUAUGAACACUGUGAAUUCACUAAUUGAUCGGUAACACCUAAAAUAUGUAAAGCUUUUAAUUAAAAAACAUUAAAAUUGUCUUUUACACUGUU